AUGGAAUUUGCUAAAAAAGAAUUGGAAAAAUACGGUUGGAAAAGUGGAGAUGGACUUGGUAAAAAUAAAACGGGUAUAUCGAAACCAAUAAAAACUACACUCAAAUUUGAUAAAUCCGGAAUAGGACAUAAUCAAUUUGAUGUAAAUGACACAUGGUGGCAAAAAGUCUACGAUGAUGCUGCUAAAAGCAUUGAAAUUAAAAAAGACUCUAAUGAAAUUGUUUUUGUAAAAAAAAAAAAAAAAGAUGAAACCAACGAUGAUAGACAAAAGAAAAAAAAAGCUAAAAUAAGUGAUAAAAAUGAUGUUUACAAGGGUUUUAUUAAAACCUCAGAACUUAGCCAGGGAAAAGAAAAAAAUAUUGUUGAAUUUGAAGAAAAAGAUGAAGAUUUUGAGAAAAAGGAAAAAAAAGCAAAUGGGGGAGUUAUAGAUUUAACAGAUGAAGAAUUAUUUAAAAUUUGUGGAGGAAGAACUGGACAUAAGGGUGCAAGACAUGGAUUAAAAAUGAAUGCUAAAUUAGCCAGAAUAGAAAAUCAAGAACAAAUUAAAAAUUCACAUUAA